UGGGGCCCCUGUUCAGAAAGUGAGCUUUAUGACUUGAGGAUCUGCUAACCAUGGGAGGAUGUGUCGGCAGAGAGCGAGAAGACACGCAGGGCCACGGCUCGUCGAGAGGCGGGGGAAGGGCGCACAGGAGACGUGGAGGUCGUAACGAGCCGCUAAAAAAGGACCGCCCCAAGUGGAAGAGCGACUACCCAAUGACGGAGGGCCAGCUCCGGAGUAAGCGGGACGAGUUCUGGGAUACGGCGCCAGCCUUCGAGGGUCGUAAGGAGAUCUGGGACGCCCUGAAGGCCGCCGCUGUGGCCCUGGAGUGUAACGACCACGAACUGGCCCAGGCUAUUGUGGAUGGAGCCAGCAUCACACUGCCACACGGUACGCUCACUGAGUGCUACGACGAGCUGGGAAACCGCUACCAGCUGCCCAUCUACUGCCUGGCCCCGCCCAUCAACCUGAUCUCUGAACGCAGUGACGAGGACCCCAGCGACAGCCCAGAGCCCCCUGUGGCCUCCAAGAAGGAAUUUCAGCUCAAGGUACGGCUGUCCACAGGGAAGGACCUGCGCCUGAGCGCCAGCAUGGUGGACACCAUCGGGCAGCUCAAGAAGCACCUCCAGGCCCAGGAGGACAUUGAUGCAGCCCAACAACGCUGGUUUUUCUCCGGCAAGCUGCUCACAGAUAAGACCCGGCUACAGGACACCAAGAUCCAGAAAGACUUCGUUAUCCAGGUCAUAGUCAAUCCGCAGGCUCCCCCAGCCAGCACGCCCUCGCCCACUACUGUAGCCUCCUCCACAACCAAUACCUCCACCACCUCUAACUGAGGAGGAGAACGGAGUGGUUGAUAUAAGGUGUGUGUGUAGGGGGGGUGGAUGGCAGAGAGGCCAAAGGAGCCACCUGAACUUGGAUCAUUUCUGUUUUAAGGAACCUGUUUGUUAUUGAAAGAACUGAGGAGUAACUCUGAAGGUAUAAACAUGCAGAAGUUAAAAAAAAAAAAAAAAAAGAAGAUAAGGGAGAAACACAAAAUGCUGCUUUUUUUGUCUGUCUACAGUUCAGGAGUGUCAUUAUUUUCGGUGUACAACACUCUCAAAAGUCUGUCCUGCAGUUAAGUGGAUCCUGCCCAGACCGGUCUAUCUCUGCUUCUCUGGAAGGGAUCUUUGCUCUCUGUGUCCUCCCUCAGGAUGGCUUACUGCCCCACUAUCGCCCCCCCCCCUUCAUGAACCAACCUGCAGGCGUGCACGCCUUGUGAGAGUAUACCCAGACCUGCACAUCACGCUGCACGUGCGACAGCUCUGCCCUCGCCCUUUGUCUGCCCCAAUGCUUACAAAGCGCUGAUAGAAAAAUGGUGGAGCCGCUUUCUGGUUGUAAAGCACAUCUCUAUCGGUGUUAUUUACACCUGGACUCUGCACUGCGAGGCCGUGAAGGGGAGGGAUAGACGGGGAUGCCAUGUUGAUGGUACUUACCCAGGCAGCUUGGCUGUCUCGGAAACUAAAAGAUCGUCAGCAUAUAUAUUUUUUUCUUCGCUCUUUCUCUUUGUUAAGGAAACAAUCCAAACCAAGCCUUUUUUUGCACACUUGAAGAUUAUUACUAUACUUUUGUGGUAGUUUGUGUGCCUUUUGAUGAGAUUAGACAAAAGAAAAAAAAAAAGGUUAAUGUCCUGGGAAUUGCUAGUUUUAUUGCAAGGCCAAGCCUUCUGUCUUUUCUAGAUUCAGGUAAUCUUAGACGUAUCCAAACUCUAACUGCUGCCUUUUUAAUGAUGUCUGUCACCUAUCACCAGACCUGCAGACAGAGACAUCGUAUGGGGUGUGUGUGUGUGUUUGAGGCCAAGAGGGGCACAUACGAAGUACCAUUUUGCUUGGAUCUUAUACAACGAUUCAGCAUUAGUGUGCAAUUCAUUGACUUACAAUAAGCUAUCAAAUCAUUUGUUAGGAAACGGGGGGGGGGUGCACAUAUUUGGCAUAUUUGCAGGCCCCCCCCCAAUUUUGUCGUAAAGAAUGGCCAUGGUAAAAAAUUUGGGGUGAUUCAGAGAUGUGUUGACAACAUUUUAGUUGUGCUUCAACCAAGGUGUGGAAACUGCCCACAGUCAACUGCUCAGUGCUGAAAAGAUGUCUGUUGUCUGCAUUACCCACUGCUUCGGCAGAGAAGUGCCCAUCAGUUGGGGGUCCUCCUGUAUUCUAAAAACCUAAACUCUUCUGGUGAAGCAGUGAAAUAACUUGGUAAAUAUUGGGACGUACCAAUGAGUUUGCCACCAGUUUUCUGCCCUGUUACUAAAAGCACCUGUCACGAGCAUGAGUGAGUAGACUCGCUUAGCCGGUUGGCCAAAGGGUCGGACCCUUUAGUUGACUGGUUAGUGCAGUCGCCCAUGAUGCAGGCGACCCGGCUUCACUUCCCGGCUGCCCCCCCCCGAAUACACUACAUAGGUGUCAGAAGUGGGAUGGUGAGACCAUGAGGCCGUCUGAAGCACGUGCGCCCAGAGGCACGAGGGAGCUGGUAUAUUAAAAAUGGAGGCUUUCCGAGGGGAAUUUUUAAUUUUAAUUUUUUUUUUUAAAGACAUCUGCCUGGUUCUUGCUAUCUCUGCCUGUCUGUCUGCUGCCUCGAUGACGAUCUGUCUCUCCAGCAGGGUGUAGUGGUCCUAGACAUAAACUGCAUCCUCUGGAGAAAACGGUCAUCAUCGAGGCAGCAGAGAGCAGGAACCAGGCAGAUGUCUUUUAAAAAAUUCCCUCGGAACGCUCCCUCAUGCCUCCGGGCACGUGCCUCUGAUGGCCUCAUGGUCUCACCAUCCCACUUCUGACACCAAUGUAGCAAAUUCGGGAGGCAGUCGGGAACUGCCGCCGCAGCCGGGACACGAACCCGGGUCACCCACACCACGGGCGACUGCGCUAACCGGUCAUCUAAAGGGGCGAAGCCUUUAGUUGACUGGUUAGCGAGUCUGCUCAUUCGACACACCUGAUGGAUGUGAGGGGCUGGGUAAAUAGCUGCUUCGUUGCAUUUUCCUUGACACAAAGAUAAAAAAUGAAUUUGUAACAACAUGAGAAAUUCAGAUAGAGCAGCUAAACAAAUCACUGAGCUUUAUUUAAUGGCUUCUGGAGGUCUUACAAAGGAAAAAGCAGUACCUUGAGUUUUGGUAGAAAUUAAGCCUUUUUUUCCCCCCCAGCAGGGUUUGGUUUGUCAGCAUCAAGUCAGCGAGGGGUUGGUAGUUAAGUCAGUACAUCACAUCAUCAGACCCGUUUUUACUCCUCAUUUGGCUGUGCAGUGUAAACAUUUGCUGUCUUUUGCCUCAGUAGAUAAGCACCGCCGUAGCUGUAGCCCUUUCCGUGUGCAAUAAUGACGGUGGCGCAGGAAGUUCUCCGAUCUGCUGGACAACAGUUUUCUUCUUAACACUACUCCAGCCAUUUCUCAUUUCACCCGACAAAUCAAGAUCUUCAUGUGGAAGAGGAUCUCCAGGCAUUAGCCGAACUGGCCGGUGGCGUGAUCAGACACGCCCUCCGUCGUUGCUGCAGCUGUGCUGUUGACAAGAUUGGGGGACACCUGCAGUCAGCCGAGACCGACGGAAGGCACUUAGAGGAGUGAUGGACGUUGUGUCCAGAUGAACUUAUUCACCUUUCUGGGACACGCCAUCCAGAGCACAGAAUCCGCUUACGUGGGAAGUGGUCUUUCCCCCCCCCCCCCACCUUAACCGACAGCUUGUUUUUCAUGCAUGAGGGUGCCGUGGAUGUGUCGUUGUCUUGGAAGGGCCCCCGAGCUAGUCACCUUUUUCUGUAUUCACCUCUGCACUCAGACUAGAGCGCAACAUGCUUCAUCUUUUGAGUCGUACGUCACACGUGCACCUCCAGUAGCAGCAUCACAGAGGCAUUCAGACUGAGGCGUCCGGGUAGCGUAGCGGUCUAGUCCGGUGCCAACCAACACAGGGAUCGCCAGUUUGAAUCCCCGCGUUACCUUCGGCUUGGUCGGGCGUCCCUACGGACACAAUUGGCCGUGUCUGUGGGCAGGAAGCCGGAUGUGGGUGUGUGUCCUGGUCGCUGCACUAGCGCCGCCUCUGGUCAGUUGGGGCACCUGUUUGGAGAGGGGGGGAAUAGCGUGAUCCUCCCACGCGCUACGUCCCCCUGGCGAAACUCCUCACCGUCAGGUGAGGAGAAGCGGCUGGUGACUCCACACGCGGUAGCCUGCUGCCCUUCUGGGAUCAGCAGAGGGGGAUGGAGCAGCGACCGGGACGGCUCGGGGGUACAAUUGGGGAGAAAAGGGGGGGGGGUCCAAAAACAAAACUGAGGUAUCCGUCUGUGACCUACUGAACCACACGGCACCGCAAAAGCAAAGGGCUUCAGUGUGUUUGAGACAGGUGGUCAAGUUUCAACGCGAGUUCGGUAAGAUAUCAGCCUUUAAGCACGCCGCAAUCAUAUUUCUUUCCAAACAUUUUUAGCUUCUCCCUUUAUAAAACAUUUCCUGGUAUGUUUUUUUUUUAUCGUAUGCAAACUUGGAAGUGUUUGAUUCAACUGCUCUCUCUGUAAGUGCAAUACAAUAUAGACCUCAUAGUUUGUGGACUAUCCACAGGUUCCACAGAGCUGUGACUGUUGUUCAGGUUCACACAGAACUAAGGUGUAAUUCUGCUAUGAUGUCACAGUUAGAUAAUCAGUCACUUCUGUCAAGUCUCACUUUACCCUUUGUCACUUUUACGAGUCCUGUAGCUGUGGGGCAGUUCAGAUGGACACAUCUCAACCAUCAAAGCUUUUAAAGUGCCCAGUCGUCUGUCCUUUCUGCCAAGUUUUCAUCUCCCCUCCUUUGGUCGCUGCCUCAAAGCCGGGACGCUGCUAAAGCAUCAGCAAAAGAUCUCCCGACGCCAACGUCACCAAUAGUGUCUCCAAUGUGCGGCGUCCAUCCAGGAGUUGAGGGCUGUGGGACGGUGGCCUUGUCCCCCUUCACGGCUCCUCUCCUUCGGAGCGACGUGUCCCCUGUGCUGCUGCUGUGGGGUAUAAUGUGUAAUACGUCAAACCAAAAGGUGCGGAUGAAGUCGGGGAGAAUUCGCUUAAACUGGAGCGAACGUGGAAGCUUCGCGUCGGUUACUUUGAGACGUGCCCGUAUGACGUCACCGAUGCGUAGAAGGCCGCCCACGAACACGUCAAGGAAUUGUCAGAGGUUCUUCGCAGUCCAGUCGUUUCCAUGUUCCUUGCCCCCUAUUUUGCGAAAAAGGGAGGAUAAGUUAAGUGCAGCCUGUCAGUUGGAGCACUUGCAAGGUUUACUGCAUGCUUGAACUGCUGCUGUUCCUCCCCGCCAGUGAUUGCUCGGGUGAACUCGAACCCUGGCUCCUUUCAGCCUUCUUUCAAGUCGCAGUCGUUCUGAAAGUCGCAGCAAGGGGUAUCGUGGCACCAGCUGGUAAGAAGACCCUUUUCUUUUGGUUCUGCUGCACAACACUCACGGAAGAAUUGCCUGCGGUACUAGUGCAAGACUGGUGCCCUUUUACAUUGACCGCCAUUGUAUAUACUGUACCCGUGGCCUUCUGGUUAGUGGCGAGGAGGACACACAUACACACUACAUGCACACACACACACACACACACGUGUUAGGCCUGGCAGAGAAGCGAUGGCGCUCCAGGUUCGGCCCUUACCCGACUUUCCUUGAGCAGGGGGGGCAGGGGAGGAUCAGAUACUAGGUGCCGAGGUUAAAAAGCCAAUAAAAGGCAGACCUGGCCUACGCCGUGGCCUUGUUCCACCCCGCCCUGUGCUUCACCGGCUCGGCUGGGUCGCGUGACAGGUUAUGACGUUCACCGCUCCCGCACUUGCCGAAACCCGCGAGCCUCACUUGAGCACGCCUUCUCGUUUAUGUCACAGCAUCUUUUGGCGUUUCUCGUGCACACGAAAUCACACCAGACGCGUGGUUCGCCGGUGCGUAUGUGACCGCGUCUCACAUCACAGACACACACUUUGAUGGACCCCUGAUGCAAACGCAUUAUCACACAGAAACCCGGGUGUUGAGCUGGUAUAAAAGCCAUAAGGAAGAUCCAAAAACGUCUUAAAAACAUCCAGAUAUCCAAUACACAUACACCCACGAGCCCCCCCCACACCCCCCAUCAUUUCUCUUCUUCAUCGCUCCAACACCCAAGAGGCUGUGGCAGUACCAGGAAGCGGGUUCAUCGGUCGAGGCGGACAGACUGGUCGCUCAAAUAACGGAGAGAGGAAAAAAAAGCAUUAUCAUGCAAUGUGUUUUGAAAAUGUCCACCAGAGGAUAGCUGUAUAAAGAUAUGUAUAUUUAGACAAAAAAAAUUAAAAUAAAUGCAUAUAUAAAAACUUAUGUGAUUUAAGAUUUCUUUUGAUUAAAUAUGCCUUUGACUUAUUUUACGGACAGUGUGCACAUUUCUAUGCCGAUUGAUUCGUUUCAAUCCUAUUUUUAAAACUGUCGAAUAAAAUCAAACUUGCAAAAAAA